AUGGCGUCUUCAUUGUCCCAGCACCACGUGCUCGACACAUUUGACGUGUAUGACACACAGUUUAAUGUCCUUCCAAAGAAUUGGAGCGAUAUGGAUCAAGAGAUUUUUGAAAGUUUUCUACUCUCGUCUUCCUCAUCAACGUUAUUUCUUUCUGAUUCGCUCGUAUCCGUCAAAUCUGAUCCGUUAGUAGCCGUUCAAAUCUGA